AUGUCCCGCAAAGGAAUAAAAUGCUAUCUCUUCCACACAGGGAAAGAGCCGGGCUCUCAUAUACACAAUGCUGUAUAUGAGAAAGCAAAUGCUCUGCCAUUACUGUUCUUGAUAAGAAAUGUCUGGCAAGCAAAGAAAGAAAACUUGUGGGGUGGCGUUUGCGGCAGCAAGGGGUUCUCGGCGAAGGCAGCAUGGCAGCUUGGUGGAGGCUACGGUGUGGCGGUGGUGGUGUGCUUCAGGAAUAACAAGAAGGGCUUGUUCCAGCGGUUCUGUUUUGAGGCUUCGCAAUGGGAGCUUUCCCAGGUUUCGGUGGUGGCAGGGAUGCACUUUUCCGAUGACAGUGCUAUUAGGGUUGAGGGGGCUGGUAUGAAUCUCGGAUUGGGUAAACGAUUGCUUUUUGAGCAUGAUGCUAUUUUCUUGCUCCUAUUAAUCUUGAGUGAGAGUGGAGAGGCGAGUGAGAGUGGAGAGAAUGGGAAAGUAGGGGAAAGUGGGUGGAACGUGGGAGAAUGGGUGUUUGACUAUAAUACCCCUGGUUUAGACGGUUUGGAGGGGGCACACUUUUUAUUGCAAGACAUAACCGUUGAGAACUCGACCGGACCGGGCACCCAAGCAGUGGCUUUGUACUGUCAUGCUGAGUAUGCCAUUUUUUACAAGUGCAAGAUAACAGGGUAUCAAGACACAUUAUUUGCAGACAGCACACAACAAUUUUAUCGAGAAUGUGACAUCUUCGGCACAGUCCAUUUUAUUUUUGGAGAUGCAAGGGCAUUAUUCCAAAACUGCAAUCUGUUUGCCCAUGAUACUGGCGCGGUGUUCACAGCCCACUCUCGGGAUAGUCUGAAGGAAACCUCGGGAUAUGUGAUUCAAAAUUGCUCUCUUAAAGCUUCGCCAGAAAUUGCAACCAACGUAGCAACCAACGCCUAUUUGGGACGACCAUGGAGAAAAUUCUCCACAGUGAUUGUCAUGGAAUCGUUCAUUGAUGCCAUAUUCAACCCAUUGGGAUGGGAGCCGAUGGGAGAUUCUCACGGCGAGCUUCUGACAUACCGAGAGUACAACAACCGAGGAGGUGGCGCAAACGUGACGGGACGAGUGAAAUGUGUAGGGGGAUGA